GUAAUAAUAAUGCGACCCGGGUUUUCACACGUGAGUAGUAGCUAUCAUGGCUGCUGUGUGUUGUGCGGGAGAAUGGCUGGUGAUGAGCAGCUCGCAUCAUUUAAUAGCUGUGAAUAUCAAAGAGAGCAGGGAACCGUUUGUGUUUGACUGCACUAAAGCAGAGCAGAAACCAAAGGAAGCUGAAACUGACAAAAGUGACGGUGGAGGAUCUCAGGAGAAAGGAAGUGACCAGAUUCUCGCUCUCGGCUUGUCAGCGUCAGGAUGUUACGCUGCUCUGACGGAUGACAACAAAAGGCUGAUUCUAUUUCGCACCCAACCAUCGUGGCAGUGCAUCAGCACAAGGUGGGUAGUGCGCAGGUGUACCUCUCUGGUGUUCAGUCAGGCUGAGGAUGAGCUCUUUGUGGCAGAUAAAUCUGGAGAUGUCUAUUCAUUCUCUCUUCUGGAGCCACAGAAACCGGGUGAGCUGAAGCUGGGUCAUCUCUCCAUGCUACUAGGAGUUACUCUGUCUCCAGAUGAUAAGUACAUCAUCACCGCAGACCGUGAUGAGAAGAUCAGAGUGAGCCUUUGCAAAUCUCCAUACAACAUUCAGGCCUUCUGUCUGGGACAUGGAGAGUUUGUUAGUGCCCUGUGUGUUCCAGCUGGACAUCCUGAAUGGCUCCUGUCAGGCUCAGGGGACAGUACAGUGAAACUUUGGCAUUAUGAGUCUGGCCGGAGGUUACAGAGCAUCGACCUACAGCAGCAUGGCUUUUCAAAGAGCUCUGAUACAGACACUGAAAAGCCACUAAGGUUUGCAGUGAGUCGGAUCAUCAGCUCGCCGGACGGACGCCACGUUGCUGUGCAGUGUGAGAGGUUUCCCUCCAUUCAGCUGUUUGCAGUAGAGGAAGGAUCAGAUGGGCGUUUGACUCCGACUGAGACACUCGCUCUGCCCCAGAAUCCCUGGGAUAUGACCUUUGACACUCAAGGUCGACUCUGGGUCUUAUUGGAGAACAAGGACACAAAUGUACUUUUGUACACGCACAAAGAGGAGCGCUGGCAGAGUGAAUCAGAAAGCCCUGAUCUGCAGAGAGUAUCAGAAACACUGCACACCCAGUGGGAGCUCUUUAAAGCUUCCAUCGGUCUGGAGAGUCGGUUCCAUCACCUCUACAAGGUGAACUUCGACAACAUGGCAUCGUACUUACAGAAGAAAAAGGAGCGACUGCUGCAGCAGAAUCAGCAGGGAGGAAAGAAGAGAGCAGUACGGCAGUCGAAUGGGGCAGCGAAGAAAAGCAAGACGGAGAAUGAAAGCGGAGACGUUUCUCAGAAACGCAGCACCGAGAGCUAGGACCUGGGAAAGACGCAGCAGAUUUCAUUUUUUAUAUGACUUCAUUGGAAUUUUGGUGGAAAUACCUCUCCAUUCAGAUUUCAUCCUGUGUUUCACAUUCUAUACAUAUUAUAUUUUUGGAAAUACACAAAGAUUGAAAAUGAAUUUUAAAAUAAAUGCUUUUUUGUUUGCUGUA